GCUCCGCUGCAGCUGCUCCAAUGAAGGGCAUCUUUCUCGACAUCACGUAAACGCCGAUUGGGGAGAGAUCAGAGCGUCUUCCUCCGUUGUUCGCCUCAGAUGGAGCAGGCUAAAAACACUCUGUUGAUGAUUAAUUUAUAGCUUCAUCACACAGCAGGUUGCAGUAAGUCUGAUAGUUUAACAAAACGGUCCGGUGUCCGGCCGUAUGAAUAAAGGACAGCAUAUAUGUAUACCCCCCUUUGUCGAUGACAGGGACUCACAAUUCAAACAGCAUGAAAUAAUUCAAUUGCACGAAGGAACUGAAUCCGGGAAGACAGCAUGCAGUUACAAAUCUCCGGUCUUUUGCUCGUAAUGGCUGUAGCCUAUGCAACGAUAGAGGCUCCUGAAGAGUUUGUCUCAUUGGCUGAGAUGGAGGACACUUUGUUGCGGAAUCUUUUUCGGGGCUAUCAGAAGUGGGUGAGACCUGUCCUUCACGCCAACGACACGAUUACCGUUCGCUUUGGUUUGAAGAUUUCCCAACUGGUGGAUGUGGAUGAAAAGAAUCAACUAAUGACUACAAAUGUCUGGUUGUGGCAGGAGUGGACAGACUCUAAGCUUCGUUGGAAUCCAGAAGAUUAUGGUGGAAUCACCUCCAUCAGAGUGCCCUCAGAAACUAUCUGGCUACCAGAUAUCGUUCUUUAUGAGAAUGCUGAUGGCCGGUUUGAAGGGUCUCUAAUGACCAAAGCCAUUGUAAGGUCUAAUGGUACCAUCAUGUGGACUCCUCCUGCCAGCUAUAAAUCCGCCUGCACCAUGGAUGUCACCUUUUUCCCCUUCGACAGGCAGAACUGCUCGAUGAAGUUUGGAUCAUGGACAUACGAUGGCACUAUGGUGGACCUGACCCUGGUAGAUGCAUAUGUAGACCGUAAAGACUUCUUUGACAAUGGCGAAUGGGAAAUACUGAACGCCACCGGCCAGAGGGGCAGUCGGCAUGACGGCAUUUACUCCUAUCCCUUCGUCACAUAUUCGUUCAUAAUGAAGCGUCUCCCUCUCUUUUACACACUCUUUCUCAUCAUCCCAUGUCUCGGCCUGUCCUUUCUUACCGUGCUGGUCUUCUACCUUCCCUCGGAUGAAGGAGAAAAGCUUUCCCUUUCCACAUCGGUCCUUGUGUCUCUCACUGUGUUUCUUCUCGUCAUUGAAGAGAUCAUCCCAUCUUCCUCGAAAGUCAUUCCUCUGAUAGGAGAAUAUCUGCUUUUUAUCAUGAUCUUUGUCACAUUCUCAAUCAUUGUAACUGUCUUUGUCAUCAAUGUCCAUCACCGUUCUUCUGCCACAUACCAUCCCAUGGCACCAUGGGUUAAGAGUCUUUUCCUCCAGAGAUUACCCAGACUGCUCUGCAUGAGGGGGCACUCUGAUCGGUAUCAGUACCCAGACAUCGAGCUAAGGAGCCCAGAGCCAAAACGAGGGAUGAAAAAAGGGCAACAGAAGAGUGCCGGAGGUGGACGAGGGGGGUUAAAGGAAGAUGAUAACCAGGACUGGAUUGCCCUGUUGGAGAAAGCCACUAACUCGGUGCACUACAUUUCCAGACACAUCAAGAAGGAACACUUCAUCAGAGAGGUCGUUCAGGACUGGAAGUUUGUGGCUCAGGUGUUGGACCGGAUCUUCCUAUGGGCCUUUCUCACAGUUUCUGUGCUUGGGACAAUCCUCAUCUUCUACCCGGCUGUGCGGGUUUACCUUAGCUCAUCGUAAAAACCCACUAGAUUUCAGCCUACCUAAUCUCUACCUAUCUCUUUUUCUCAAAACAGCAUUCUUAUGACCCCUUUGAAAUAUAUGUAGUUCCCACAACACUAUAGUAAUCCUUCUAAAAGUCCUUUUCUGAUCUAGCCACAUCUGUAAUCCGCCACAAAUAUAGCUAAUCUCUCUCUUCCUCCUAGAUCCUGUGUUAAAAUGGUUAGACUGAAAAUAGCAAAACUCAGCUGAAAUGAAGUGUAGGAAUCUUCUUCCCAUUAAACAUAUAGCUAAGAGGCUGCUGAUACAGUUGGAGAGGUUUGGAUCUGUGUAUAAUCACUUUGAGGGGAUCAUGGUUUUAAUAAUCUUCAAUAAAUUGACUUUAUUGUGAUGUAUGAGGUAAAACCACAUGUCUUAGGCUUCUCAUUUUGCUUUAAGAUUUAUUUAUUUAUAAAAUUAUUUCUAAAAAAUGAUUUACCAAAUAUUUUUACAGGUUUAAUGUGUCCACUGUCCACUAUGUACUGUAACAAACCUAAUUGUAUUUCUUUUUUAAUUUAAUUCACCACUUUUGGAAUGAAAAUGCAAUCUGUAUGGAGUUUAAUCAGAAAUGAUCACCAUGCAGGCUUAAACAUAUAUUAAUCUUAUUGCUCAGCUCACAUUUUGUAUUAGGUGUCUUUAACUACUAUACUUACAUCAUCAUCAUCAUCAUCAUCAAUAAUAAUAAUAAAUGCUAGGUACCAUAUAGUUUUUGUGUUCAUGUUGUACAAUGCAAACACAUAAAGGGUAGGGUUAGGGUAAGGUUUCAAGGUAUGGUUAGGUUUAAGGGCUGGGUCAACAAUGUUAUUCUAAAUGUAAUUACAGAAAAUUAAUUACAUGCAGGAGUUUUAAAUACGAUGUAUGUGCACAAUAAAUGCAUUGUAACAAUUGAUUAAUUUAAAUGUUAGUAUAUAUUUGUUAAAGACACUUCAUAUAAAAUGGGCCCCUUUAACUAAUAAUAUAAAGUUUCUCUGGAUGAUAGCUUUUUUUAGUAAGUAUAAUCAAUUAUAAUAGGAUCUCUCCUAUGGGCACAUGUGAUAUUUACUGUACAGUCUAUAAUCUAUUUUCCUAGUUUUUAGUACUGUUAAAUGCAGUAGUAUCAUGCCUUUGGAUGGCAUUAUGCAUAUGUACAAUUUAUUCAGAUGAGGCCAUGCAUAAUACAAAACGCACGUGUAUGUAUGUACAAUAUUCCACCAUUUGGGAUUUUUAAAAAUAACUUUGCACUGGCACAUAUGGUUUUAUAAAUUUUAAUAUCUGUCAUUUGCACUCACGCUUACUUUUUAGGAUAAAGUCUAGGCCAAGUGUUACACACAAGGCCCUAGAUCUUUAUGGAUACUGUUGCUGAUCCAAUGGUAAGAGCAUUAACUGAUCACAACUACUUGUUUAUUAGCAAGGACUGGAUUAUGACACCCUCCUUUGUUUCUGGUCAUUGUUGCUGUACCAUAGUCUUAUGUUGUUUGCAUAUUUAAUUGUACAAAAACUAUUAAUAAAUAAUCUUGUCAGUGA